AUGGCAGCGAAUGGCGGUGGCAGCUUCUUAACUUUGUCGUGUGCGGGUGCUAUCCAAAGUCAACAUGUAUCACAUCCUACAACUUUUUUUGGAGCUCCCCACAACCAGCAGCAUAGGAAGAGGAAAACACCGCAUAGAUUAGUUGUCGUGGCCGUGACCCAAGGCUCUACCGAAUCAAGCAAGUCGGAAGAUAAAAUCCCUUCAUGGGCCAAACCGGACUCCGAUGAACCACCUCCAUGGGCUCGGGAUGAGCCCAACAACAACACUUCGCAAAAAGGAUUUGAAAUCCCAUUUUACGCUUAUCUUCUUGCAUCUGCCAUCACUGCAAUUGCUGCUAUAGGUUCCAUUUUCGAAUAUGUGAAUCAAAGACCGGUCUUCGGAGUAUUAACCUCUGACAGCGUGUUUUAUGCUCCCUUGCUUGGUUUUUUUGUCUUCACUGGUGUUCCCUCUUCGGCUUUCCUUUGGUUUAAAUCUGUUCAAGCUGCUAACAAGGAAGCGGAGGAACAGGACAAGAGGGAUGGGUAUUUAUAA